AUGGCUGCUCUGAUAAGCGCGUACUCGUCGUGGCCGGAGAGUUUUGAAUGUGGAUCUGCGGAUGGAGAAGCUCCGGACAGCCGCGCUCCCCACAGAUCAGCAGCCCCGGAUAAAAGCCCUGAACCGCGGAUCCGCCGCCCCAUGAACGCGUUUAUGGUGUGGGCUAAAGACGAGCGCAAAAGACUGGCGGUGCAAAACCCUGACCUGCACAACGCCGAGCUCAGCAAAAUGCUUGGAAAGUCAUGGAAGGCCCUGACCCCCUUGCAGAAGAGGCCGUAUGUGGAGGAGGCAGAGAGGCUGCGGGUUCAGCAUAUGCAGGAUUACCCCAACUACAAGUACCGUCCUCGCAGAAAGAAGCAACUGAAACGAAUUUGUAAGCGUGUCGACCCUGGUUUUCUCCUGCCUGGCCUUGGCCCUGACCAGACCUCUCUGACAGAUCCACGAGGCUGCUGUCACCCCCUGGACAAAGAAGAUGAAAGCACCAUCAGUGGGAAUGGUGGAUUCUCUUCAAGUGCGACUUUGCCUGGUGUGAGGGUCUUUAGAGACCCUGCAAACUCUAGCAGCAACUUCGACACAUAUCCUUUCGGCUUGCCCACGCCACCUGAGAUGUCCCCUCUUGAUGCCGUGGACCACGAGCACUCGUCCUAUUACUCAUCCACUGGCUCUGUUCCGCCCACGAGCUCCUGCUCAUCUUCUGCCUCAGGCCCUGAGGAGCAGUGUUCCAACACGGCUCAUAUGAGCAGUCCGCCACCCUACCACCCUGAGUAUUCCCAUCAAGCAUCUCUCCAUUGUGGUAGCACCCAUCUGAGCCAUAUUCCCAUGCCUCACCAGUGUGGUGGAACCACCCUUAUUCCUACUCCUCCACUUUCCUACUACAGCACUUCAUUCCCUCAAAUCCAAGUACACCAUGGUCUUCAGGGCCAUCUAGGUCAGCUCUCACCACCACCUGAGCAAGGACAUUUAGAGAGUCUGGACCAACUAAGCCAGGCUGAACUGCUGGGUGAAGUAGACCGCAAUGAAUUCGACCAGUAUCUAAACUCGACCAGCUAUCAUCACCCUGAACAAAGCGGCAUGACCGUGACAGGACAUAUCCAAGUAACGCCAGCAUCUACUUGCCCUACUAGUACCACAGAAACCAGUCUCAUCUCUGUACUGGCUGAUGCAACGGCAGCUUACUACAACAACUACAGCAUUUCUUAAAGAAUGAAUGCAAAAUUAAUAUGAACACAAACCAUGCACAAAGAAGAACAAAGAAGCUGCAGAAAGUCAAUGGACACCUCAGGGAUGCACCAAUAAAAACUUCAUUUUCAUUAUAAAAAAGUGAAUAAAUUGAGUGGAUGAACUAACUGUCCUGCUAAAUUGUUCUCAGAUGUGGCUAGAGAUGCUUGUAUAUUUGCGCUACAGCUUAUUUAUGUAUCUAAAUGGUUGCAUUAAUCCAUAUUGUAUUGCUGUUUUUUCUGUCCAAAUAUUCAUGCCUUUCUUAUAAGCCUCAGUUUUUUACCUCAAGACACUGUAUUUAAAUGAGGCUGGACUCUUCUCCAUAUUCUUCAGGACUUGAUCUAUUAGGAAGGAAUUACUAUAUUCUCCCUUUCCUUCAACAUCCAUAUAAAAUUAUUGUACUUAUAAAGUUUUACCAAGAAAAUAAUAAUAAGUAUUACUGUAUUCUGAUUAUAAAUUUUUACAUUAAUUUAAUUCAAGAAGAAACCAAAUUUCUACACCAAAUAUCAGUGGCACAUCAGUAAUUGUAGCAUAGAAACAAGACUGAUGUACAUUGUACAUCAAGCUAUUAAAUGAUCACUAUGAAGGAUCAGCAUUACCAUUUUUUUCUUGGCACACAGCAUUACGUAUGUCCGAGUAAGCACAGCACAUUCACACUGUUGUUUUGGACAACCCGAAAAUAAUGCUUUGUAGAUGCUCUUUAAUGUUUUGUGAAAUGUUAUAACUGGAUGUUCUGAGAAUCCAAAACCAGGCUCCAGUAAAUAAAAACAGU